ACGUCUUCAAUUUUAAUUAAAGUACCAAAAUGCCGUUAUAAUCUCACGAUUUUGUCGUGAUUCAAUUUCACGAUUUGCGAGCAAACCAAGAAAGAGAUUUAAUUUCAACUGGUUUAGUGAACGCACUUUGUGUAAUAAAUAGGGCAUUAGGUGAAAGUGUUGCGCGAGACCCCGGCCGCAAAUAUACGGGUGGUGCCUAUUUUUUGUUAACACUUACCGCUUAGAUUAAUGAAAUGUGUCAGUUAUGGCUCUUAAUCGGUGCUGUGAUAUUUUACUUAUCCGGUAGUGUAGAUUUAUUAGACAAUGGACUGGCACGAACACCACCGAUGGGGUGGUUGGCGUGGGAAAGGUUUCGGUGCAACACCGACUGCAAAAAUGAUCCUGACAACUGCAUUAGUGAGAAGCUAUUUCGUACAAUGACCGAUCUCGUAGUGUCCCAAGGGUACGCCGCUGCCGGCUACGAAUAUAUCAACGUAGACGACUGCUGGUUGGAAAAAGAACGAGGCCCACGAGGCCAGCUAAUGCCUGAUCGACAGAGAUUUCCAAGUGGAAUGAAGUCAUUGUCGGAUUAUAUUCACGAUAAGGGGUUGAAGUUUGGCAUUUACCAAGAUUUCGGUAACUACACCUGUGCGGGUUAUCCGGGAAUUUUAGGCUAUUUGCAAUUGGACGCCGACACUUUCGGCUCAUGGGACGUUGACUAUGUCAAGUUAGAUGGGUGUUACGCACACCCCUCGGAAAUGGAUCGAGGGUACCCCGAGUUCGGUUACUACCUAAAUCAAACCGGGAAGUCGAUGGUUUACUCGUGCAGCUGGCCGGUUUACCAAAUUUACGCGGGGAUGCAACCGAAUUACUCGUCAAUAGUGCAUCAUUGUAACUUGUGGAGGAAUUUCGAUGAUAUACAAGACUCCUGGGAUAGUGUGCAAAGUAUCAUCGAUUAUUACGGGAACAACCAAGAUGUGAUUGUCCCCAAUGGAGGUCCCGGCCAUUGGAACGAUCCCGACAUGUUAAUUAUUGGAAAUUUUGGUUUAAGUUACGAACAAAGCAAAACUCAAAUGGCAAUAUGGGCUAUAUUAGCUGCUCCUCUUCUGAUGUCAGUUGAUCUACGUACAAUUAGGCCAGAGUACAAAGCAAUAUUGCAAAAUAAAAAAAUAAUUGCCGUAGACCAAGAUCCAUUGGGCAUACAAGGAAGACGAAUAUAUAAGCAUAAGGGCAUAGAAAUCUGGUCAAGACCGAUUACGCCGCUUUUCCAAAAUUAUUUUUCGUACGCCAUCGCAUUUGUAAAUAGAAGAACGGAUGGCACGCCGUCGGACGUAGCAGUUACACUUAAAGAAUUAGGUUUAGUGUCACCUACCGGAUACCGAGUGGAGGAUCUUUACGAAGACGUAGAUUAUGGUGUCUUAACUUCCCAAACCAAAAUUAAAGUAAAGGUUAAUCCGUCGGGUGUUGUGAUAUUAAGGGCCGAUGUACAGCCAGAUUUUAAUAGACGAGUACAAAUAUUUACCACACCAAAAACGGCGUUCAGUCCCUUAAAUCAAGUAUUCCAAGUUCGAAGUAACGGAUUCGAUUUUACAUAAAAUAAGUUAAAUUAAUAAACUAGUUUUUUUAUAAGUAUAUUUAUGUAUGUAAUUUAUAUAAACUACAUUCCAUGUUGUGAUUGCCGAUAUAAAUUAAAACUUAAUCUAGUAAGUA